UCUAUUAUAAUUACUAAAUUAAAAUCAUUUCAUUUCAACACCCAAUCCUCACCUUCACCUUCGCCCUCACCCGAAGCUUCAUCGGCAGUUACCCCACCGCCUUCCGAUCAUCAUCAUGCCCACACCACCCCCCUAAUAUUCUCCAAUAUUAAUAUUCUCAUAUAUUCACCCAUUCGUACACUUCACAAUUUCCCCUCUGCUCCAUUUUAAACUUUGCACAUUCACUGUUGUUCCAUUCCACCUCAAAUACGUAUUGUUAUAUAUCAAUAUUGCUUGGCUUCUGAAACUUUGUUUCUUCAUCUUUCAAUUUGUAAUAAAAUCUUACAAUCUGUAUUGAUUUUAUUGAUUUGUGGUAGUGUGAUGAUGAUGAACAAUCUCACCAACUCAUUAUUGAACAACAAUCUAAACCUAACCCUAACCCUAAUUCCAGGGCUACCAGACGAUCUAGCAGCUUUAAUUCUUUCAUAUCUCCCAUAUUCUCAUCACUCACGAGUUAGAUCUGUUAGCAAGUUAUGGAAUUACUUUUUCACUUCCAAAACCCUAAUUUCAUUCCGUCGUAACCACCUUCAUUCCUCCCAAUUAACUCAUGUUUUAUGUAUCUUCCCUGAUGACCCAACGUUUUCCUCACCAUGUGUGUUUGAUCCGUAUAAUCUUGCUUGGUGUCAUCUUCCUCCUAUGCCCUGUAACCCUCAUGUGUACGGAUUAUGUAAUUUCACCACAGUUUUUCAUGAUUCUUGUGUUUAUGUACUCGGUGGGUCCCUUUUUGAUACCCGGUCGUAUCCGCUUGAUCGGCCGUCGUCGUCUUCGGCUGGUUUCAGAUUUGAUUUCAGGACAAACAGUUGGGAGUCUAUUUGCCCGAUGAUUUCGGCCCGUGGGAGCUUUGCGUGUGCGGUUGUUCCGAAUUCGAAUCGGAUAAUUGCGGCUGGUGGUGGAUCAAGGCAUACUAUGUUUGCAGCUGCUGGAAGUAGGAUGAGUUCUGUUGAGAUGUAUGAUAUUGGGAUGAAUGAGUGGAUUGCUUUAGAUGGGUUACCGAGGUUUCGAGCUGGUUGUGUCGGGUUUAUGGUGGGGAAUGAGGGUGGUGGUGGUGAUAAGGAGUUUUGGGUUAUGGGUGGGUAUGGCGAGUCGAGAACCGUUUUGGGUGUUUUUCCGGUUGAUGAGUAUUAUAGUGAUGCGGUCGUGAUGGAGUUGAAGAAUGGUGUGGUUUGGAAGUGGAGAGAAUUGGAUGAUAUGUGGGAAGAAGGGGAGAGACGAAAGCUCGGGAGAAUCGCGGUGAUUGAUGAUGAUAAUGGCGGUUUUCCCGGUGUUUUUAUGCUUGACAAGAGUGACAUUUUUAGGUAUGACAGGGCAUCUAACCGUUGGAAGAAGGAAACCAGCAUCCCAAGAAAACUAACAGAUGAAUCAUCAGUCGGAUUCAUUGCACUAAAUGGCGAGUUGCAUGUUAUGGGCUACGAGAGUGAUGGUGAUACAACAGAAAAUCACAAGUCGAGACAAAAGAGGUCAGCGUCUUUGUUCUUACAGAUAUAUCACCCUCAAAGUAUGAUAUGGAGAACCCUGAUCACAAAACCACCAUUCCUGCAACCUUUAGAUUUCAAAACUGCAGUUAUGUGCACUGUUCGACUUUAAGGCUCGCAACUGGAUUGAUGUGUGUUGUGUGUUGUCUGGAUACUGGCUUUUAGCCAAAUGUCCACUCGCGUAUUCGAGUACUUAAAAAUAUUAUGAAAAAAGCAGUCUUUGUAUCAAGAACUGUUUCUCUUCUUUUAUUAAAAUUGUUUACACGUGGAAUAUGAGUUUAUAUCUUGAUUUGUAUUAUGUAGUCAUGUUUAUGUCUUUGUUUC